AUGCCUAUGGAGGAGGAGGAGACGAACUUGGGUGCCGGUGGUUCCACCCCUGCAACGAACGUUGGCGGGGAGGGUGCCACUUCUUCCCAGCCCGGUGCUGGUGCUUCCUCGGCGGACCAGGAGAACAUCUAUACCGUCAUCGAGGAGGUCGCCAGGGACGCCGAGGCCGAGGCAGACAAGAUCGCCGCUGAGGAGGCCGCCAAGACUGCCGCCAAAGAGGCCGAUGUCGAGAAGACCCAGGAGGUGGUGAAGGAACAUGCCGCCAAGGACGAGGCCGAUCGGCACCAACACCAGGCCGAGCUGAACUCCCAGGAGGAGGACCUUGUCGCUAGUGAGGGGGUGCUCGCCGCCACCCUUCGCUGCAAGGACGAGGAGGUGAAGGAGCUAGAUGUGGAGAAGGAUGGGCUGAAGGAACAGGUCCUGGGACUGGUGAAGGAGAAGGACAGGCUCAACGGCGCCUUGGUGGAGGCGCAGGCGGCAGUCCUCGGCAAGGCUGAGUAG